CUGGUUAUAUGCGAUUACAUAAUCGAAGAUAGUCUGCUAGAUGUGAACAGGCUUAUUUGAAGGUCCACCCAAUUAUAAAUUCCACUGAAUAUCCGGUGAUGAAUGAAUCAAGCAAAUGUCACAACUAAUCCCAAAAAUAUCUGCUCAGGCAUCGCAAGAUGCAGCGGUGCGUACUGUCAAUAUCGCAUUAGACAGUAGUUCACCGGCUGAGCAGUCUGUCAAAAAGUUUAUAGAGAACGAUGCAGGAGAUGGUACAAGAAGAGAAGACCAAUAUUUAACAGGGGCCAAAUUGGUGCUAUGUGUCAUAUCAAUUGCAUUGUGUAUGUUCUUGGUUGGCUUAGAUCAAACCAUUGUGGCGACCAUCUUAAAUCAAGUUGGUACCGAGUUCAACGCAGUAGGUAAAGUGGUAUGGUUGAUGACAGGGUUCUUUUUACCUUCUACUGUUUUUUCUGCCAACUGGGGUCAAAUCUCCAUUAUAUUUGGUAGGAAGUAUACCAUGGUAGUCUGCGUGGUAUUAUUUGAGGCCGGUUCUUUGAUGUGUGCUUUGGCUCCAAAUAUGAAUACAUUGAUUGGUGGAAGAGUGUUAGCUGGUGUAGGUGCCAGUGGUAUUCAAAGUUUGGCUUUUAUUAUUGCAUCUGAAGUUACUGCCAUCAACAAGAGACCCUUUGUUUUCGCUUGUAUGGGAAUUUCUAUGGCCGUAUCCCUUGUAUGUGGACCUCUCAUUGGAGGUGCCUUCGGAUCCAAUGUUAGUUGGCGGUGGUGCUUUUAUAUCAACUUACCGGUUGGUGGGGUUGCGAGUGUGUUCUUUGUUUAUUCGUUCAACCCACCAAAUCCAGUUUUCGAUUUGAGAACUAAGCUUAAACUAGUUGACUAUAUCGGUACAACUUUAAUAGCUAUUGGCUUGGUGUUGUUCCUACUUGGGUUGUCCUUUUACUCCACUAAUGAAUAUCCAAUGAAAUCGGCUGCUGUAAUAGUCAAUAUUAUUUUGGGAGCUUUUUUCUUCAUUGGUUUCUGUGUGUGGAACUUCCGGUUUUCACCUCGGCCUUUGAUCCCAGUUGAAAUGGUUACCACACCAGGGGUGUUAUUUGCCGGUAUAACUUCAUUCUUCAUGAUGAGUUACUUCACCGUAUGUAUUUUGUUCCUUUCACUUUAUUGGGAACUCGUAUUGGGCUACAGUCCAAUUAAAUCCGGAAUUAAUUCCUUACCGUUUGUAAUUCCUUUGGUGAUUUGCUCUAUAAGCACCGGGGUACUUAUCGGUAAAACUAGAUUUAUAAAGCCAUUACUUAUGUUAGGCUCAGUUUUUGCUGUUGCUGGUACUGCUGUUUUGCCGUUGUUAAACCAAGACUCUGACUCCUCUCAUAGAAUUGGGUUGGUGAUAAUGGUUGGUGCUUCUUUUGGUUUACUUCUUCAAUCCGUAAUGUCUUCAACUCAAGUUAGUGCUCCAAAGAUUGAAGGUGGGGUUAUCAUGUCAACAUCCUUUAUUACUUUUGGUAGAGGUUUAGGCUCAUCUUUGUGUACUAUUUUAUCAGAUAUUGCUUACAACUCAUCUUUGAAAAGCAAGUACACUAGUGCUAUGAAAACAGUUCCAAAGUCGAUAGCAACUCAAAUUGAUCAAUAUUCCCUUACAGAGCUCGCUAACGAUUCCGAUAUCAUAGCAGCUCUAUCACCCGAUGCUGCCAGAUUCGUCAGGAAAAUAUUAGAAGAUGCUAUUUAUAGUGCAUUCUAUUUCGCUAUUGCAUUGGCAGCUUGUACCAUGAUCUCAGGUGUAUUCACCACAAAUAGAAAAAUUCCCAAGGGGGAUAACGUUGCUCUUGCUAAUAGAGAUGAUGAAGAACAAAAGGCCAAAGUCAAUAAUGAAGAUGAAAAUACUGAUGUGGGUGAAGUCACCGAAGCCAAGGAGGUUUAA